UGAAUUUUAAGUUUUACUUAAAAAAUUUUAUGUACAUUGGAAUGCUCUGCGUAUAAUUAGAGUUAUCGCGCUUGCAUUAUCCUUGGAAGUUUGUGGCGUGUCCAAAUUAGGAGAGGCAAAUGCAAGUGAUUCUUGGAAAUGAAAACAUUUAGUAAAUGCCCAAUGAAAAUCAUGCGCGGCAAAAAUCUGGACCCGGUCGUCCAGAUAGCGUCGUUUUUCAGUUUCUUUUAGGACGCCGUGAAAAGUACAUGUGUGUUGGAUAGCUUCAAAUUAUUUUAAGCGCAUCACUAAAGAAUUAGAAGUAUAUAUUUUCAGUAUAUAUACAAUGCCUCCAAAGAGACAGUCAAGUAGGGCACGAGCGGUUCCACCCACUACUUCCCGACAAGGAAAGAAAAGACGGUUGGUAGCAGACCAGAUCUCGGUACCUGAUGAUGUGGUGGAAGAAAUCACCAAAACUGUCACUGAUAGGGUUACGGCUUCAAUAACAACACUUAUUAAUGAAGUUGUCAACACUAGAUCAUCGAAUUUGAAUAAUCAGGGGAGUAUAGACAAUAGUAAUGUGCAAGCAUCUCCACAGAUUGCCAUCUCAGAUAAUAGUGUCACUGUAAAUGCUCAGUCUAGUGUAUUGCCCGAGGCCACUGAGUCAAAUAAAGGUAGGGGACAAACAGGAUUUGUCAGCACAGCAGUGCCAAUAGAAGCUCUGGUGUCUGACCAAAUCAAGGCUAAGAUAUGGUCUAAUCAGUGCAUUGAUUUUGUUAAACUUUUAUCAAAGGAAAAACAGAAGAAGGGUAAGUUCUCUUUGCAAGUAGAAAAUAGUGAUACUCAGGGGAAGUUAACCAUUCACCAGGUUGAGAACGAUGCCGAAAACAAGUCAAAUGUUUCCUCUAUGCAUGACUGGAUUACAGCUUGGAACAGGUAUGCAGCAAUAUAUUGUAUAAAAUACCCUGAACAGCAGUCAAAAUUAGCCAAGCAUUUAGAGGCAGUGAGAGAUAUUGCUGAUGCCAAAGGUAAUUGGAAAAAUUACGAUGCAGAAUUUAGACAGCUUGUAUCUCAAGGACAAGUUGCAUGGGGUGAUGUUCACAUGGAAUUGUAUGUAAAUGCUAGACUGAAAACUGAUCUAUUGACAAAAGUACAGCAAUUCUUGGAACUGGCUACUUGGGCAGACAGACAUCCAGUAGAGAUACCUCCUCUUCCGCCUUUUCCAUCUUGAUUGGCGUUAAGGGGAAAUUACCAACCCUGGACAUUUCAAUGGAGAUAACCUUUUAAUUUCUGAUGCAUACAACAUUUGGUGACAAUUUUGAACAGCAUCUGUUUUUAAAAAUAUAUAUUUUUAUAAUGAAAUAUUAAAUGAAAACACUUCAUUAUGCGUGCAUAGCAGUGUGACAAACGUUCAACCUAGGCAAGAACACGUGUUUAUACGAUGUCGUCGGACAUAAUUUACCAAAGUUAAUAUCAGUGUCUGUGAAUAAACUUUUCGUGACAUGUUCAGUCCAGGGCAUAUGUUUAUCCCUGAUUUGGAUUUAAUAAGCAGUUCACUUGUGGCAUAUUUAUUCCCUAGGUAGCAGUAGUUCUACUAACAAACAGACAUGAGUAGACUUACUUUUAUGAAUGACAAGCAGGGCAUAUGUUUAUCUCUGACUUGGAAUUUUUCAUCUAGUUGUACAUUUAUGGCUCUUGGUUUCAUUGGGUACAUAGUAGGACAUAUGUUUAUUCCUACUGGUUCAUAUGUGUGGAACGUACAAACUUUUCAAAAGGACAAGCAGGGCAUAUGUUUAUCUCUGCUGACUUAAAAUUACUUUUUAUUUUGACAGGUAUAACUGAACUUUGCCCCUUUUUCGGCUUCCUUUUUCUUGGGGUCUGAACUUGAUUAAAUUUAAUUUAAAGUAUAAAUUUAAUCAAGUACAUGGCGGUUUCAGACCACAAGAAGGUUUUAUAUAUUAUGUAAUCAAUUACGCCACAUAUUAGGUAAUCACUGUUUACAUAUCAAUCAUAUUCAUAAUUCGACUUCAUUCUGUUGUGAAUUUUUGAUAUAGAUAAUAAGAAGUUAAUUAAUAAUUUUAUGGAUUUCUUGACCAAUUAUUACAUAAUUAAUUACAAGUAAUUUCUAUAAUUAAAGUCACAUUAGUGGCAAAGUGCAACAUA